AUGGGAGAGAUCAUUGACAAUGCUAGGAGCCCAGCUUAUGCAGUGCUCAUGAUAAAUAUCUCAGAGCCAUUUUUCAAUCCAAAGAAAGUUUACCUUUACCAGUAUCAAGGGGUCAUUCUUACGGGGCUUCCAGAAAAAGGCUUGACUAAAGGAGGUCUAAAGCUCACCAGCCAAGUGGAAAUUAGUGCGAAGGGGCAGAGUACCUACGUCCUCAAGAUCUUGUCACCUGAAAUCCAAGAGUUCAGUGGAUCCUGGCCGGAUGAGGAGUUGAUUCCAUCUCGGAAACUGACUCGGAAGUUGACUCCCCAACUGACCCAGCCUGUCGUAUUUGAGUACAACCAGGGGCGAGUUGGAAAUCUCUUUGCCCCUCGAGGCAUUUCCGAAAACAUCCUCAACAUCCACCGGGGCAUCCUCAACAUGUUUCAGAUCAGCAUUAAGAGGAAUCAGAACAUCUAUGAGUUGCAAGAGAAUGGAUUGGAAGGCGUCUGUCACACGAGUUACACCAUCCAAGAAGACAAGAAAGCCAAGCAUAUUAUCAUCACAAAGUCCAAGGAUCUGAAUGCCUGCGAGGAAAAGAUCUCAGAGUCUAAGGGCAGUGAUUACUCCCAGCGAUGCGAAACCUGCCAAAUGAAAGGCAAGAAUCUCCGAAGUGUUUCCACGUACACCUACAUCUUGACAAUUGCAGAGCAGGAAGCAGAGGUUGCUGAAGUUGUCAGCAAAGAAUCCCACCAGUUCACACCAUUUAAUGAGCUCGAUGGUGCAGCAAGCACUGACUCAAGGCAACACCUCUCCUUGUUGGAAUUGAAAAAUGAGUCAUUACCCAUGCCCAUUAACUCGAUGGAAAAGAGAGGAGGUCUGAAGUUCCAGUUUUCCAAUGAGCUGAUGCAAAUGCCAAUGCAGUUGGUCAAGCCCUCAUAUAGUGACUCCAAGGUUACCAAGAUGCUGGAAGAGUUGGUGCAAAAGAACCAGGUCAAAGCUCAUCCUGAUGCUCCCCAGAUGUUCCUGCAUCUGUCUCAGCUGCUGCGCUCAGCAAACCUGGCUAACCUCCAAAACCUGUGGGAAAAGAAUGCAAACAAACAGAGUAGCAGACAGUGGAUUCUGGACAGCAUCUCCAUCACUGCAACUCAAGAUGCUAUUCGAUUCAUCCGAAACAAAAUUGAACAGGACAAACUUUCGCAGGUCGAGGCGGCCCAGGCACUGUUCUUCGUCCUGCACUCCAUCAAACCUGACUGUCACGGUGUGGACAAUGCUACGGAACUUCUGUCCAGCCCUUACAUGAACAAGGACCCCUUCCUUCGCAAAAUCACCUUGCUCUCAUAUGGAUCUUUGGUGCAGAAAUACUGCUCGAGAGUCCAGGUUUGUCCUGACCAAGCUAUCAAGCCAAUCCACGACUUUGUGGUCGAAGCUGGCAACAGGGGUCAUGAAGAAGAAAUAAUCCUGGGUCUCAAAGCAAUUGGCAAUGCAGGCCAGCCAGCCAGCCUGAAGCGCAUCCAGAAGCUCCUGCCAGGAUUCAGCAGUUCUGCCAACAGCGUCUCAAACAGAGUCCAGAUGGAGGCUGUGAUGGCCUUACGUAAUAUCGGCAAGAAGGAGCGACACAAGGUGCAAAACAUCGCCAUGCAGUUACUUAUGAACAAAAAGAACCGUGCGCAAAUGCGAAUAAGGGCCUUUAUUGUGUUGAUGGAAACCAAACCAUCCAUGGCCUUAGUGGCCACAGUGACUGACUCAUUGAUCAGAGACACCAACUUGCAUCUGGCCAGCUUUGCAUAUUCCUACAUGAAAUCGCUGUCAGGAACCUUAGUGCCAGAGCAACAUUCACUGGCUGCCGUUUUCAACAUCGCAGUCAAACGACUGAGUCAGAAAUGUGACACUCUCAGCUACCAGUACAGCAAAGGAAUUCAUUUUGGCUUGUUCAGUGAUCGGUUUCUGGCUGGAAUCGAUACCAACCUUUAUUUACUGAAGAAAUUCGAUGGUAUUCUUCCAACUUCAGCCAUAGCCAACUUCAGAUAUUAUGGCCUUGGAGCUCUCAUGGACUCUCUGGAGGUUGGUAUCCAGGUCGAAGGAAUACAACAAGCCUUGUCAAAGAGCAAACCAGCCUUCUGGAAGGGACCGAAGAAAAACAGCAUGGAGCAGAUUUUGAAAAAGGUGUCUGACUGGAAAUCGAUGCCUGCAAUUAAACCAUUGGUGAGCUUUUACAUCAAACUGUUUGGCCAAGAGAUCACUUUUGUUGAGCUCAACCAGAAUGAUAUUCAAGAAAUCAUGAAGAUGAUUAGCAACCAAGGAAAACUGGAUGGACUUUUCAGGAAAUUUAUCAACACUCUUCAACGUGGGAUUUCAAUAAAAUGUACCAAAUCCUUGCUGGUAUCUGAGCUUCGACACAUGGUGCCAACAUCACUUGGUCUUCCCUUGGAGCUAGCCUUCUAUUACACUACAGUGUCAGCUGUACAAGCACAUGCCAAGGCAACUUUCACUCCACCCCUUUCCAACACAACAUUGUCUCACGUCCUCAACAGAGCCAUUCAUCUUGAAUCUCAGCUCACUGCCAGUUCCGUGAAAGAUGUCAAAGGAAUCAUGGGAAUAAACAGCCCUAUGAUCCAGACCGGAGUGGAAGUUCAGCUGAAGACCAGCACUGUCAUCCCACUGAACUUCACUGCAAGAAUAAGCUACAAAAAGAGGAACAUUAAAAUUGAAUCACCUCCUCUGCAACAGGAAAAUCAGCUGUUCUCUUUCAGCACACAAGCAUUUGCGUACUCGAGGAAUGUGGAAGAGCCCGCUACAAAGAACAUAUUCCCGCUGCUUCCGAGUGAGGAGUCUGUGCUGAGGAUCAAAGCUCUCCGAUUGGCAAAGAACUCAACUGUGAAUCGCAAAGUGAUGGACAAAGUGCUGCCUCUCGCCAUUGUCCCAGGAUCUGUGUGCUCGGCUGAAGAGCUUCCAGACACCCUAAGCCAGAGUGUCUAUCGCAUCUGCACGACAGCCAAAACCUUUGGAUUUGAAGUUUGUUAUGACGCCAGUGCAGAAAAUUCUGACUUCCCCACCAACUCUCCCUUGUACGAAAUGAUCAGCAAGAGAGCAUUGGAUAUCACAAUCAGACCAGUUCCUACUGACAUUCCAAUCAAAAAGUUGCAAAUCGAAUUACAAAUGGAUGAGUCGCUCACAAGAGUAAAUCACCUGUUGAUGAGAAGCAACUGGACUAAUGCAGAUUCCUCUGAAAAAAUGCAAGCUGAAGGCAAGUUAGUCCUUCUCAAGCUAAAGAAAAUCCUCCAAGCUAAAAAGCAGCAUCAGCAGGAAAGACGAGAGCAUAAGUAUACUUUGAGCAGUUCUAUGUCGAGUUCCCAGACGUCAAGCAAAAGUUCACGAAGAAGAUCAGAGCAGGAUAAGGUAGAAUUCUCAAGGACUCGUGGCAUCCACUCAUUAAAGUCAGGGAGCAGAGACAAGAAACAUGGCAGUCGUGAUAGGCGUGGUAAACACAAGCUGGAGGAACACAGUAAGCCACGUCAUUAUUCGACGUCAAGUUCCCAGUCAUCGAGCAGAAUGAGAAGCUCAAAGGAACAUUAUAAUAAACACCUAAGAAAUUAUGGUAUGCACUCACCAGUGAACAGACAAGAACCUAAACGUAACAAGUAUGGAAGACACCAAAAACUCGGUCAAGAACGUAGACAUGACACGCCAGGUCAACGUGUGCCUUCAAAAGAUGAACAUCAUACAACUGUUCAUCUUUCCUCCAGCUCAACAUCUGGUCUAUCGAAGGAAAGGCCAUCUCGACACAGCUCCUUUAGGAAAUCGAAAGGCUAUCGAGUUUCCAGCAGUGCAUCUGCACUGAAUUCAGGGAACUCCUCGUCGACUUCAUCGUCUUCGAGCGAGUCCAGCUCCAGUGUCUCAUCGUCUGCUGAGUCAAAGCGGGAGCACAGUAGGCAAACGCCUCAAGGGCAAUCCAGUUCUUCAUCACAAAACAAACAAUUACACUCAUUUGAAACCAGUUUCGACACAACAAUGAGUUUCUCCAGCUCAGCUUCAUCUUCAUCUUCAAAUUCACUGGAGCAGUCCACAUUCCUUGGAGGUUUAAUGCCACCGAUACUCACUUUGUUCACUCGAGCCAUUACCACCGAUAAUGAAGAAAAAGGCUACCAGACGAGAUUUUUUGUGGACAAUUUAAUGGACAUACGAUUGUGGCAAGUUGUUGUGGACGAAAUUCAAGAUGGUGGCAAAUGGAAAGUCUGUGUCAAUGCAGAGUUGCCCUAUGAUCGCCUGGCAUUGGGAACACUGAGAUGGGGCCAGGAUUGCCAGGACUACAAGAUUGCAGGAAAAGCAAGCAUGGGUCAUGUAAGGAUUCAUCCUGCUGUUCUGCUCAAGGCAAAGUGGGGCAGGAUGUCACAGUCCUUGAAAGAUACUGCCCAAUUGAUUGGUGACCAACUGGCCGGGAUUCUCUUCCUGAUGGGAUUCUCCCAAAGGCACAUAAAGGGAACACCUCAUCAAAUAUCUGCCAUUUUGGCCGCAACAUCUCAACGAACCUUUGAUAUCAUGAUCAAAGACUCUAAGGCACAACUGUUCAUGGCAACCAUGUUACUUGCAGAGUCCUUGUCCAUUGAGCGGACUGACAAUGGGCUGAAGAUAAAAGGCCCUGAACUUGGCCUUGAAAGUCUCUUCUUCGAUGGCAAAAUUAUUAAGGUGGCCGCUAUGCCAUCGAUAUUUGGGACCACAUGCGGAUUAUGCGGGCAAGGGAGUAACGAGUAUCAGCAACCAAACAGGCGGAAAACCAAGGAGGUUCUCAAGUUUGCACUCUCUUGGCUCAUACCCAGCGAACACUGCAAUGACACCUGUAAACUAAUAAAACAGCAUGUGAAACUCGAUGAACCAGUGAAAAUACUUGGGAAGGAUGUGCAAUGCUACUCAACGGAGCCAAUAGUGGAUUGUGAUCGUGGAUGUUCACGAGUUAAGACUGUCCCAAUCAACUAUAGUUUCCAUUGCAUACCAAUAGAUUCACACGCAAGCCCUACAGAUGAACAGCUGAAAUCUGCCACCUUUGCCCAGAAGAGUGAGGAUGUAACAAUUCCCUUUGACGUUCCUGUUGAAUGUUCAUGCAGUUCAGAAUGUAAAUAAGUAGAGCGCUGGGAACUUCUCUCUAAUUGGUUCAAAGCACAAGCCUUAGGUGCAAGUUAGAGGGGGAAAAUAAUGCAAUGAAGUAAAAAUGCACCUAAUAAAUUUUUUUAAUGAGUUAGUUUUAGAUACAUUGAAACAUUCGUUUGUU